AUGAUAACGGAAAAUGGUAUCAUAUUCUUAGGAACCGGUGGAUCGUCUUCUAUACCGAAAAUAUCUCAUGUUUUCAAAAAUUCAAAAAGGAUGACGAAUAAAAAUAAAAUUAGCUUGUCUAAAUCAGAAUUAAAAAAGGAAGACUUUGAAGAUAUUGAUAAAUUCGUUGAUGAAUUAGCAUCAGGAAGUUUAGAAUAUAUUGAUAAAUUAAAUAAUAAAUAUUUAAAAAAAAAAUAUUCUGAUUAUCCUGAAUUGGAUUGUUAUACUUGUUUUGACGCAUUAAAUAAUGAUUCAAAAAAUAAAAGAAAUAAUAUAUCUCUUUUAUUGAAAUCAAAUGAUUCUUAUGUUCUAAUAGAUGUAGGGAAAACUUUCAGAGAUAAUAUGGUGUUAAUAAGUCAUGGGCAUACAGAUGCCUUAAAUGGAAUAGAUGAUUUGAGGGAUAUACAAGAUUUUAAUAAAACAAAAUAUGAUGAUUUAUAUUAUUAUAAACCGAAAAAAAUUAUUGAUAUAUAUUUAAAUGAAGUAUCUUAUGAAAGAGUUUUACAUGGUUAUGAAUAUUUAGCGAAAAAAAGAUCUGAAAAUAUAUUUUAUACUAAAAUUCCUGCUCUUAAUUUUUUUAUUUUAAAAGAUGAAAAAUAUAACAAAAUUAUAUAUGAAGAAAAUAAGUCAAACGAAUUAAAAGAAGAAUCAGAUAAAUUAAAAAAUAAUAAAACAAAUGAAAGAGAAAUAGAUAAAAUAGAUGAAACAAAAAUUGAUAAUAAUGAUGAUAAUACAUCUAUUAAUAUACACACUUAUGAUUUAAAAGAUGAAUAUGGUUUUGUAUAUUCAAAAUUUGAUAAUGAUAAAAUUAUAAGAUUUAUUCCAUUUGAGCAUGGAAAAAAUUAUAUUUGUAUUGGUUAUAUUAUAGGAAAAGAUAAAAAAUUGGUAUAUAUUUCUGAUUGUUCUAAUUUGUCUUCAUAUACAUUAGAUUAUAUAAAAAAAUUUGAGCCUAUUGAUAUAUUAAUAAUAGAUGCAUUAUUUUAUACAAAAAAGCACUAUUCUCAUUUCUCUUUGCAACAAAGUAUAAAUAUUUCUCUAUUAAUUAAACCAAAGAAAGUGUACUUUAUAGGGAUGUCAUGUGAUAUUGAACAUAAUAUAACCAAUUUAUUUCUGCAGAAAUUGUCAAAAAAGUUUCCAUAUACUUACUUUUCAUUAGCUCAUGAUGGCCUUUUUAUUCCUUUUAAUUUUUAA